AUAAAUGUCACGUUACUGAAUUAAUAAGACGGUCCUGAUUUGCAUUUUUUCGACUACCAAAUAAUGCACGAUAAAGUCAGUGGGGCGCUUCAAAGAAUGUUCUUAUCAUGGAGAGACUGAAGUAUAGGCCUGUCAUAUUAUAAGGAAAAUUCAAAGAAAAACUUCAAGCCACUAAAAAGGACAGACUGCCAUAGAUUUUUUUCUGUGUCGGAUUUAGCUUGAAACAUUCUUUUUUUUUUUUUGGAUUUUCAAUUCAGAAAAAAAUAAUCUGAGAGCGGAAUGAGUGAUUAAUUAACUCUGCAGUGAGGAGUUUAAAGACACGUCUGUUUUCUCCUGCUUUCUCGGGAUUAUUAUUAUUUUUUGUCCCUGUGGACAAAAUGGGCACGCCCGAGGAUCAGUCAGCUCCACCAUGGACGCUGUUUUUCGAUGGGCCUCUGUACAAGAAGUAUGUGGAAUAUAUGAAAAACCAUGACCUAUCCAAGAUGGAUAGAAACGGGGUGAUCAGCAACAAAAACUCGCCACUGACUGAUCCGCCAAUGCUUAGCAACGAAACCAACUGGAUCCCACCACAAGAAAAUGGGAGCCCCAGUUUCGGUGACCAUCUAUACGACAACGAAAAAUCAAUCCCUUGGAACUCCCCACCACCUUACGCGACGAUUGGCGCCCAGUCAACCACCUCGGACACCAAUGCGCUGACCGCAGAGGAACAGAAGCGCCGCAGUAGACAAACCAUCGGGGUGGUGUUCUUUGGGAUUCUCCUGAUCGGAGCCGCUGCAGCCGCCACCGCAUUGAUCAUCCACUACGUGUUUAUAACAGAUCAUGAAAGAAUCACAGAGCACAAGCUGAACCUUAUCAGUAACAACACACGGACAGAUUUAAUCGAAGAGAACAAGGACAAUAUUUCAUUAGAUGAUUUAUCAAACAUUGGACAAAAUAUUACCACACUGUCGCCAAAGGAAACAGGAGGAGACGACACCGGAAAUGACGUAAAAUUGGAUGUGUUCGAUCCCGAGACAUUUUCGGUUCCCAGUUCAACAACACUUUCGUCUGCGGUGGGUGAGAAGAGUCCCGGAUUGUUGCCCAAUGCCACCACAGUGACUGAGGCUACGGAACCACCUCCAAAACCUGUGGUGUUUCCGGAUUACACGUAUGAGAUAGGGCAAGUAGCAAAAAUGCGCUGCAAGGUCAACCGUAUGCGGAUGUGGGACAGUAUAACUAUUAACGGGACCAAAGACAUUCCGGAAUUAGACAAACCAUUUCAUUUUAUGCUGUUAAGUAACAACGAAACCUGCCUUAAUACCAACGACAGUCGUAUAACAUCAGAAGUAACCAUCAAGCAGACCCGGAGCCCGUCAGCCAAGUACGAUGACAUCGAAGUGCUGAUCCACUUCAGUGAGGUUGAGUGCCAAGAUAUGGGGAGUUACGAGUGUUGGGUAGACGGACCAACGAUUUACAAAGUGACCAACGCACUGACCGUAAAACGAUACCCUAAGAGUAAACCGAUCUUAGAAAUUCCAUUCGCAAUCAUCGAGAACAGGCCCAUAUCAAUCAAAGGCCGCUGGAGUAGCGGAUUUCCAGAAAGCUACGGAGAACUGAGUUGGUACAUAAUUCCUCCAGGUACCGAUCGGGAAAACCCCUGGACGGAGGCCAAGAGCACCGUAAAUUCUAAAGAUUGUGACAACGAGGCUGCCAGCAUCAUUAACCUGGAACCAACAUUGGAGUUGAACGGAACAAAGAUAAAGAUUCAGCCUCACUUCUUUCCCCAGUACCUAGAAGAGGCCCAGAAAUACAAAGUGGAAUCUGUGAUCCAAGAAAUCUUAGUUGUUCCUGCAAACUAUUGUGAUGGGAAAGAAAAGAACAAGAAUCUGGUUCACCCCUACACUUGUAGACUAUUCAUAACGUGUACAGACAAAAUCAACAUAUACGAGUGUCCAAAAGAGACCACGUGUUUUGAUGAGAAGAUCGGAAGUUGUGAAUAAGCAAGUGCAUACUAUCUGGAAGUUGUAAUUGUAUCUAUAACACUAAAAACUAAAGGCGACCCAAUCCUAUUAAUUCCAAUCUUUUAAUCUUUUAAAGAUACUCGGACUCGAUUUGAGCUCAAAUUUUAUUUUUCAAAUAUUAAUGUUUAGAAUGGUUGAUAUGGGUACUUUUAAUGCUUUGUUAUGGUUUACAUAUGUGUUUUAUUGGAAAAAGUCUAAUUCACAUGUUUUUUUUUCUGUUCAUGAUAUUAUUUAUGAACACAUUGAAUCUGUUUACCUUGUUUGCCACGAGUCAUUUGGUGAAAAAAAAUGGUAAUUCCAUACUUUACAUUAUUUGUAAACAAAUAUAAGACUCGAGCUUUGUUUACAUAACAAUUAUUUCUUUCCUCCGUAUCUCUCUUAUAACUUGACUUUUAACAUUCAAAUUUUGGUCAAUCAUUCAAAAUGAGCAAGUAAACCAUUUUAUGCAUAAAAAAAAGAAAAAGAAAAUUUUGAUGUAAAAUCGUGUCCAAGUCUUUUGAAAGUUUUAAGUACAUGUAUAGUCUAGCAAAAUACGUGUAUUUUCGUAUUGACAUUUUUGCGACACUUUCUGUGCUUUUGUUCGAAAGUUGACGAUUUGUUGUCAGCAUUGCAAAAAUAAUUGCGAUAUAAAGAUAAUUCUGUGUAGAAUUUAAGUACAUGUAGUCAUUAUAGCAUAAUACCAUAUGUCAAAGAGACAAAUGUUAGCAGAAACACCGUUAUUCAAGAACAGACAAUAUCAAAGAAUAAGUAAACGCCGCUAUCCAAUAACUGUAAGCACGUACAACAACUCCAAAAUGCAUCAAAUCAAAUCCAUUUCAUGAUGGCACCUUGUUAACAAUUCAUAAAGCUUUGCGUUUGUUUAAAUUACGUUUGGACAAAUGUUGAUUUCCCGUAUUCAGGAAAGCGGGACGCAGUGUAUAUGAAGUCAUAGUUCAUUUAGAGAGAUUUUGUGAAUUACUUUGUAUUUUGUGUCUGCAUGGACUGUAUUUUCAUGAAUAAGUGAUGUAGUUUUUCAAAUCGUAAUUGUUUACAUGUAUAUUAGAUCGUUCAAACUACAAUUGCUUUGUUUUUAGCUCACCUGAGCUGAAAGCUCAAGUGAGCUAUUCUGAUCACAUUUUGUCCGUCGUCCGUCUGUAAAACUUUUUCACAUUUUGAACUUCUUCUCUAAAACCGCUUUGCCAAUUUCAACCAAAUUCGGCAGAAAGCAUCCUUAUGGGAAGGCAACUAUAAAUUGCAGAAAUAAAAGACCUAUUUUUUUUCAAAGCGGAGAAAACCUCGAAUCUGUAGAAAAGGGGGGUGCAUUUUAAAAAAUAAUCUUCUCAAGAACUACUGAGUCCAGUUCAAUUAAAGUUAGCAUAAAUAAACCUAAUGGAAAGGAAAAUAUAAAUUGCAAAUAUUAUGGGCUAAUUCUGUUUCAAAUCUGAGUAAUUACGAAAAUAAUAAUAAAGGAAAGGCGUGUUUCAAUCAGGUUAUAGCUUUUGGUUCGGCAUCCAUGAGUCUUGGUAAAAUGGGUAGGCAAGACUGGGCAUGGGCAAACCAAAAGAUUGACAGUUAUUAAUCUGCCAAUCUCAUUAAAAUUUCAGGAUAUUUGACGGAGCAGUAUAUUUGUAUUCGCUGUAAAUAUUGCUGCAAAAUAAUGCGUAUUUGGAAUUAACGAUUGCCGAUCUGCCCCGGCUUUUAUUUUUCCACGGCCUGGGUUUGCUUACCCAUUUUACCAAGACUCGUUUAAAAUUAGGUUCUUUGUUUAAAGCAGCCAUGACAUUAUACGAUAAACGGGUCGAUAUGACAAUGAUGGAUUUGUUUUGUGCAACAAUUCGCGUACGAAGGGAAUCUUUGAAACAUGCAAAAUACAUUGGUGCCGAUUUUGUGAAGUAAAUUGAGGCUGAAUAUUUCAAUGCGUUGACAGUUUUCACAUAUGACGGUGGUGUUAGCUUGUUCUGAUUUUCGUUUCGUUUUCAUUAUUUAUGCUUUAUAACCUGGGAACUAUCGUCUGUAUUUCGUGAUUUUUACAAAUCAAAUCAAAUAGAGACUUCGAUAAAUCAAACAGUUAACUGUUUACCUGCGCAAAUUAAGCAAAAUCUGAUGUAUUGAAAAAGUCCUAAAAUACAGUUCAUUCUCUCGGUAAUUCGGUAUGAUCUUUUGCGUAAUUGUAGAUUAAUACAAUAGGUUUUGUUGAGAUGCUCGGCAUUUUCUCGAGUUUAUUCAGUUUAAAUAGAGUUUAAUAUCGCUGACGGAAAUAUGUAGGUAUAUACAUGUAUAUGAUUCAUUUCGAAAAAAUAAAUUGUGUUUUUUAUUUGUUAUAGUGCAUGUUUCUUGUGUUAAAUUGUUUACAAUUUCUAUUUACUAACCAUAUUUGAGUGUUAAGCUUCAAAUUAUAAGCAAGAUGCAGAGAUUUGCUCACAAUUCUAUGUUUGUACACAGAUCUUAAAAACUAAAGAUUAAAAAACUAAAAAACUUGUCAAUAUUUAUUGAGAAAAUUGUCAAAGUCUGUUCUUCCAGAAACCAACUUUAACAACCUUUUGUAUUGUAAACUUAACCUUUUUGCGUCAUUAUUACUCCUACUGUACAUGUGAUCCUACUGUACAUGUGAUCCUUGACUGUGUUUGUGUACAUUUGUAUAUAUAUACUGAUUUUGAUCCUCAAAUACCAGUGAACUGGUCUUGAGUGAAUAAAAGAAUUGAAAAUCUCAGGCAAUUCUUUUUUUUUUUCCAUUUUAAAUGCUGAAAUACCAAGUUAAAAGUCCUAAGCUGAAUGUAAUAAACUCAUGUGAACAAAAUAUGACUUAAACCUUGCAGAACUGUGAGCUCUGUAUCUUGCUUAUAAUUCUACGAUUGACGCUGAAAUUUUGGUUGAUCAUUAGAAAUUCUAUAUGAAUUAGAGUAUGGUAAAUACUUGUACAAAAAAAAUUAUAGAAUGAUAUUCUGUAUAUACCUACUUUCUGGGGCCCCCUCUUUAUACAAUAAAAAAUGUGAAAUCUACAUCAAUUUUGAUAGUUUUUUAGACACGAAUAAAUAAAAACGACAUCUUUAAAACAGUUUCCAUAGUUCUGACACAUUUCUGUUGCGGGGAAAAAGGAAUUAUCGCUCUUCCUAAGAAAAUAUUACAGCGGAAGAUUAUCCUGGUUUGUAGCCAUUUGUUAUUUUUGAAUAAAGAUGAAAAUAAUGGGUGGGCCAUAAUAAAUUAGAGUGAUGUGCCUGUCAUUACUGUAACAUCUAUUUUUAUAGCUCUUUUACAUGGCACGUGACAACAUUUUUCAUUCCAGUGUAUUUAUCAAUCAAGUGUGAGUAAAGUUAUAAAAGUCACACGAGUUUACACGAGGUAAAUAACAGUCAUUUAAUUAUAAUGGAGAAGAAAAAUUAAAUUUUUGAAUGUUUUUAGUUUGAGGAGCGCAUUGGGGUACAAUUUUCUUCUUCACAUCUAUACAUGUAGAACUUUUUGAAUAAAAUACAAUAACUAUUAUAUUUUGGUAAAAAAAAAUAUAAUAACUAAUAAGUAGUUAGGAAAAAAAUGUACCUAUAUGCUCAUAUGUUUUGAUCGCUUUACAAAGUGGGGGGGGGGGGGGGGCAGAACGAAAAUAUUAAUAGGGAAUUGGAAGUUAACAGUGUGCCCCUACCAAAUGUUUAGUGUUAUAUCUUGCGUAGGAUUUUCUUAUUCUGGGUAAAAAUAGUAUUUCAUGAAGGUACAAUGUCAAAGAUUACGUGUAUGCAAAAAUAAGUGUAAAAUUCGAAUACUUUACAAUAUUUAUUUUUUGUUAUUCUACCGAGGACCAUAUGGCACAAUAUCUGAUGAACGCCCAUUGUUUCUCAGGUGAGCGAUGUGGCCCCAUGGGCCUCUUGUAGAGAAUGUUAUUACUGCAUGAAAUCAGUAUUGUUCAUUAUUUCAAUGUGUAUAUAUUGCUUAAUGUUUUAUGUAUUUUAACAUGUGGAAUGUUAAUGUAAAUGUAUAAAGUACAUGUACUUGUAAUUGUGUUUUACUGUUAUGUAUUUUGUAAAA